UCCUCUUACUUACAGUCAACCACUGGGCAUCCACCUGCACAGACGGAGGUGCUCGACCCCAGGGCAAAAAUACGCCUGAUACCUGAUGUCUACUGACAUGAACGGCAUUUCGUGAUUAUCUCGGUAUUUUUUCCACCGAUAUUUGUACUCGUCCCCCGAGUUUUAUUUUUCUUGUUUUUUCAUGUGUUCGAUCGCUAAUUGCACCGGUAAUAUCAAUCACUCGUUACUCUUGAGUCGAGUCCGUUCAAUUAUUGGAAUUUUAUAUCAACAAUCAGUUUAAAAUGAUACUGGCAGCGACGAGAAGGCACUUGAUAAGUGUCGCGAUAGUAUUAGUGAUCAGCUCGAGUGGAUUAGCUAGUGAUAAGCCGCGGAAAUGCGCGGGUAGUGGAAAUGGACUGAAAUACGUGUGGGGAGAUGCCCUCACCGAUUCCCCUGAUUGCAUUGGACCUAAUGACAUGCAGUAUCCAGCUGCAGCAAUCGCCAGGAGUUUUAAAAAUCUGUGGGGAGGAAGUAGUCGAACUGGUCGUGUUUAUAAUCAUCACAACCGCAUAAAGGACCCCGAACUCACGCGUCAAGAACUUCUCCACAAUUACAAAGCCUCAAGAGGUGAAUACACCCUGAGUUCAUCCCGAAAUGGUCGGAGUUUUACACCAAAGGAAACAUGCGGAUCACCAGGUCGGCUGUGCAAGACGCGGUACAACACGACAGCACCGAUGUAUGGGGUCAGCCUGACUAGCGGUCAGCCGGUAACCAUUGUACAGAAAUUCCCUGACCUACUCCAGCAGGUGGUCUUCGAGGUUUGCGAAUCCAAAGAAUGCGAUGUAGUCCACGGAGAAUGUACGCAGACAUACGUACCGUAUCUUUUCCUGGUGAUACCUCUGGGCCCAGUGACCCUAACAGGUCAGGAUUACGUUCUCGUGGAGAGUGGGUGUGUCUGCAAGCCCAGGAACUCGCUGUCUUCCCACCAGGAUGUCCCCACUAUUCCUAAACUAUAAUUAACACAAUUGAGACAUGAGUUACACUUCCCCGUGAUUUUCUGUGAAAAUCAGGUGCAUCGUAAUUAGCAAUUAAAGAUGGAAUAUGAGGAGGUCGUGGUUGCCCUCGCUGUCGGGUUCUUCACCUAGGCCCUGAGGUAUUCCCACGCUCAAUUCUUCCCAACUGAACAAGCCAUAACGGUUGCACUGGGGAAAUUGCAAUGACCCGUCAGGAAUGAGUGCCUAAUAAAAUCGUACAUUCUCUAGUUUAUUAUUUCGCUGCGAAUUGAGACCACCAGUAAUCUAAAAGAACUUGUGGGUGAGACCAAAAACUCUUCGAGUUACGAAAAUCCCGAAAAAAUUUGAAUGAAAGAAUGCAAUGAAGUAAAAAAAUAAUAAAUAAAUAAAUAAAUAAAAUGCCAACGUCUAAAUGAAUUCUAAAAAAAAAUAUUAGGGGUGGAAGGCAUGCCUGAUAUAAAAUCGUACAUUCUCUAGUUUAUUAUUUCGCUGCGAAUUGAGACCACCAGUAAUCUAAAAGAACUUGUGGGUGAGACCAAAAACUCCUCGAGUUACGAAAAUCCCGAAAAAAUUUAAAUGAAAGAAUGCAAUGAAGUAAAAAAAUAAUAAAUAAAUAAAUAAAUAAAAUGCCAACGUCUAAAUGAAUUCUAAAAAAAAAUAUUAGGGGUGGAAGGCAUGCCUGAUAUAAAAUCGUACAUUCUCUAGUUUAUUAUUUCGCUGCGAAUUGAGACCACCAGUAAUCAGUAAUCUAAAAGAACUUGUGGGUGAGAACUUCGAAAUGUUGGGAACAUUUUAAGAAAUCUUAUAUUAUAUACUAUAUAUAGUUUAUUUAUAAUAAAUAAUAUUUAAUGAUAUAAUA